UUCGUAAAAACUAAUUAAAAAAAAAAUGAAAAAUUGAAAACUCCAGAUUACUUUUGUUUUCUUCUCUUCUUGUCUCCUCCACAUCGUUUCACUAUACUCGGCGCCACCCUCACCGAGUUGGCAAUCCUCAAUUGAUCUCCUCGUCACCGCAGAGAAUCAUAACCAUCCUUAUCGCGCGGUGUUAGCGUGGAGCAUUUACACGAAUCGUCUCCGCAGAACUAUGGAUCCUCGUCAAUUCGAACACAUCGUUGUGAAGGAUAAUGAUAUUCAAAGCAUUGUAAUGUCUUACCUUCUCCACAACUGCUUCGAUGAAACUGCUGACUCUCUUGCUUCCACUACUGGAAUACAUCAACCUGUAAUUGAUCGUGAUAACAUGGAGAGAAGGAAACAAAUAAUGCAUUGCAUACUGGAGAAGAAGGCGCUCAAGGCUGUUGAGCUAACUGAACAAUUAGGACAAGACUUGCUCGAGAAAAACAAGGAUCUGCACUUUGAUCUUCUCUGCCUUCACUUUGUGGAGCUUGUCUGUGAUGGGAAAAGCAAAGAAGCUCUUGAAUUUGCUAAGACAAGCUUGGCUCCUUUUGGGAUGGUCCAAAAAUAUGUGGGAAAGCUUGAAGACGCAAUUGCUUUGCUGGCUUAUGAAGAUCCUGAGAAAUCCCCAAUGUUCUACCUUUUGAGCUCUGAGUACCGUCAACAGGUUGCUGAUAAUCUGAACCGCACCCUUCUUGAGCACGCAAACCAACCAAGCUACACACCGAUGGAAAGGCUCUUGCAACAGGUGACAGUUGCGAGACAAUACUUGACUGAGGAGAAUGGCAAAGAUGCGUUUCCUCCAUUCUCCUUGAAAGAUUAUGUUAAAGGCUAAGAUCGCAGGACGGCUCCAGAGUUUGCUGGGAGAAGGAUAUGCUUAAAACAUUUUCAUGUAAAUACAGAAAAUGGCUUUGCUUUUCAACUUCAUCUCCACUGUUUUAAAUCUGUGUUUAACUCCACCAAACAUGGAUUAAAGGUUAGCCACCCAUGGCCACAGAUGGUUAAAGUUUGCUGUUGCCGGAGAUGAAUAUUGUUAAAGACCGGUUCUGUUUGGUUCUCUACUGGAAGAAUGUUUCCUUUACUUAUUGUGAGAUUAAUGGAUAAAUCUUCUAAUCCAUGUUCUUGAAAACUUCUCUCUUUGUAAUUAUCGUGUUUAUGUUUUGAUACUGAACCCAUAAAUUCAAGAAUCUUUGUAGA